AAAUAAGGGGGUGGGGCUGUUAGGCAGUGCAUGCUAUUGGAAAAUGAACUCAAGUUUGGCCAAGAAGAUCUUACAUGUAUCUGGACGCUUCUCCAAGUCCUUCACAUCGUCAGCAGUGCUAUUGAAGCUGCCUAAUAAUGGCAGAGUCUACUCCCCCAGCCACCCCAGUGAGCAUGGUGCGGUGGCUUUACUGGUAGGAUGGAUGGCCUCUAGAAAUAAAGUCAUUGAGAAGUACUCAACCAUCUACACUCAACUUGGCAUCCCUUGUGUGGCUUUGGCUCCUAAUGAACAAAACGUGCUCUUCACAAGCAGUGGAAAUAAACUAUGUGGUGCUGCGUUGGAAACUCUCGAGGAAAUGGAGAAAACUCGUACAAACAAACGUCUGCCAUUGUCGUUGAUUAUUCACAUGUUUUCUGGAGCUGGCUACGCUAUGUUUCCCAAGUUUCUGGAAACUUGGUCUCAGUCUGAUUCAAUACUCAAGACAAGCGUGGUUCCUAAGUGCUUCAUAAUGGAUAGCGGACCUACUGAGUUCUCCAUCAAGGCCGGGGUUGAAGCUGCUAAUCUGACGUACAAGCAAGGAGGGUUCAACUGGGUCACUUACCUCAUUGCCAAUGCCAUGGGGAUAUCUACUACAAUCCUUAUUGGAAAUCAAAAACGAUCAUUGUUAGGCUCUGCCCUUGAGUCUGAUGUUCUGGAUAUUCCUCAACUGUACCUGCACUCAGAGACGGACACUGUGGCCACGUGUGAGUGGGUAGACAAGAUAAUGGAGGGACAACGACAGAGGGGGAGAAGGGUGUCCAGUCAUUGCUGGGAGGACACAGAACAUUUGAAACUUUAUUUAGAGCAUAAGGACGAGUACACACAUCACAUUCAUGCUUUUCUUAAAUCAUGCAAUGUUGUUUGAUCACUCUGAAUCUUGUAUAAUUAGACAUCCGAUUAUAUUCAAGUGUGUUAUUAUAAAUAAAUUUAAUUCUGAAUGUCA